UCCCUCUAGUAUAAUAUUACAGAUUAAGCCCCCAUGGCAGCACUUGUUAAAGUGAGCACGGUAACUUCAAUUUGUGGCAAGAAGCCGCACCUGAUGAAUAAAUGGGUGCGCAGGAUAAGCAGUAACAAUGGAAAUGGCAAUAGCAAUAGUAGUGGCGGCAGGAUUACUGAGAGUGCGAUGAUGGAUGUUGGGGUGAUGACGAGAGCGAAGGGAUCGGUGGCCCUCGGUAGUAGUAGCGGUGAUAAAGGAGAGCGAUUUUCGGUGGGAUGGAGUGAGGGCUGGAGGCGACUUUCCUGCGCACGUUUUGGUGCUUCAUUACCUAAUGUGUACUUGCGUAGAAAUUUGGGUAAAAAAGCUUUAUCUUCUGCUUCUUCUGGAUCGACUGGAGGCUCUGUUCCCGAUGUGGGUUCUGAAAAUAAGGACGAUAGGCCUGACAAGGAACGGUUGCCAUCGUUGCAAUUGAACCACGACCACCACGCAUUUCAUCAACAACAACAACUGCAGUCUCCCAGAUUGCUUACAUUGCCUACAAUUUUAACGCUUGCUCGCGUUGCCGCCGUCCCGCUCCUCGUUUGCACAUUUUACACGAAUGGUUCAUGGGGAACAACAGCAACAACAGGUAUUUUCAUUGCUGCUGCAAUUACAGAUUGGCUUGAUGGGUACAUUGCUCGAAAGAUGGGAUUAGGAACGGUAUUUGGUGCAUUUUUGGACCCUGUAGCCGAUAAGCUUAUGGUUGCUGCAACCUUGGUGUUAUUGUGUACCAGACCAUUGGAAGUUGCUAUGUUUGGAGAAGUACCAUGGCUACUGCCUAUACCUUCAAUUGCCAUAAUUGGUAGAGAGAUAACAAUGUCAGCAGUAAGGGAAUGGGCUGCUUCACAAAAUAGCAAAGUUCUUGAGGCUGUUGCUGUAAAUAAUCUUGGGAAGUGGAAAACAGCUACACAAAUGACUGCAUUGACUGCGCUAUUGGCUGCACGAGACAGCAGUCUAACAGGGUCAGAAAUUCUAGUUGCCUCUGGUGUUAUUUUACUUUACAUCUCAGCCGGUCUUGCCGUGUGGUCAUUGGCCGUGUACAUGAGGAAGAUAUGGAGAAUGUUGCUGAAGUAGGUUUGUCCUUUUGUUGUUGAGCUUGCCAGCGAGAGGGUAGUCACUUUGGGUUUAUGCUGGGAAAAAAAAAAAUUUAAGUCCCCAUUUUUUAAUUCUUAUAUGCCCCAAUGCAAUGACCAAUCUAUAUCCACCUCCAUUGACACAAGUGGUACUUCUUCAGAUAAAGGAGCUGACAGGGAAGCUGUUUCCUCGAAGUCCCAGCAUUUCUAAAUUAGUUUCUGUCGAAACUGGUCAGGUGGAGGAAAUAAUUCAUGUUUUGUUGCUUCACUUUCAUUGAUCAAGAAGUGAUGAUUUGGGCUAACUGUGUGAUGUGUUACAGUCUAAAAACUCUUUAGGAUCCAACAUACUUGGGGGUGAAUUGGGAGGAAUGUCCACCUCUAAACUAUUGUAAGAUAUUUUAGAUGUCCAUAGCAGAUGUUUUCUGGGCAUUUUGUUACUUUCUUGGUGGCUCUUCAACACAUCUGCUCAUCAAGAAUAGUUUUUAUGGAGCACUGUCCCUCCUGUCAAUCUCUCAAGUGGAGAAAAUUUGGAAGUUUGGUUUAAUAGGUGGCAAGUAUUGAAGAUGUUUGAGGAAGUCUUGAUGGAAACAGUAUGUAAACAUAAAUGAUUAAGUUGAAAGUAUGUAGAUGAUCUUGCAAGAGGUCUAUAUUGAGAUGAAUUUUAGUUGCUGAAUUGCCGAGGAACAAAAGCAGAUUGUAGCCUUUCUAC